UUAACAUGCCACUAUAUAUAAUUUAGACGGUGGAUGUUAUCUUCUAAAAUUUAAAAAUUACCGAGCAUUUUAACGGUUUCCGUUUUUUCGUUUAGCACGAAUUUGAUAAAUUUUAAAAGUCGCAAAACUAUCGUAAAGUUUAGUUUCCCGUAAGGUGCAACAUGGGGAGUUUCUCAACCACCGCGAUGGUUCUGGCAGCCCUAUGGAAUCUCCUGGUGCCCAUGUACGCAGCAAUCGAUCCUAAUUGCGAUUUGUAUCAGGAAAUGAUAGUCGGGAAGGAGUACUACAUCCACAACAAAGAAUACCCUCAAAACUACAGUCGAGGUUCGUCGUGUAGAUGGGUGGCGAAAAGUGUGAUCGGCACCAAAAUCGUCUUGUCCUGUACCGAUGUCUCGUUGCCCAAGUCUUCAAAUUGUCAAGGCGACAAGCUGGCCGUAUCGUCAACCGGUCAUCAGACUCUUGGAGACGCACACAAUUACUGUGGGAACGGAUCGUUUUCUACUAUCUCCCAGGCAAACACUCUUACAAUAGGACUGUUUUCAACGCUUACCUCUCCCGGUGGACAGUUUCUUUGUACGAUGACCGCUAUCAAGGACAGUCCAGAAGAAUUGGCAGUACCCGCGAUACAAAACUUAGCGGCCUGCGACUGUGGUUGGAAGCAAAUGACGAGAAUCGUUGGGGGACAAGAAACGGGAAUCAACGAGUACCCUUCGAUGGCGGGACUGAUAAAUCUGGAUACUCGCUUCCUAUAUUGCGGGGCUAGUAUAAUCUCUGACUUUUUCGUGUUGACCGCCGGCCAUUGCGUGGAGAAUAGAGACCCAAGCACAUUGGCCUUGUUGGUGGGCGACCACAACAUUUCGGCAGGAAACGACACCCCUUAUUCGGCGAUUUAUCUGAUUAACGCAUACGAAAUCUUCCCCGACUACAAUCCAACUUCGCUGACCGAUGACAUCGCGAUCCUUCAAACACAAACCCAAAUAACAUUCAGUUUGUACGUGGGCCCCGUAUGUUUACCGUUCCGCUACUCAACCUCCGAUUUCGCUGGUCAACUUGCUACGGUAUUGGGAUGGGGCAGCGUGGAAUUUUCCGGGCCCACUUCGGACGUCCUCCUGGAGGCUAGUCUCACGGUGAUUUCGAACCAGGAGUGCUCCCAAGCUCAGAAUGAGAACAUCGGCAGCGAUCAGGUGUGUACAUAUGCUCCAGGUCGGGACGCGUGCCAGAGUGAUUCUGGAGGCCCGUUGCUGUGGAUGGACACGAGCGCUCAAAGGCUCCACCUCAUCGGGAUCAUAUCCCAGGGACGUGGGUGCGGAGGCGAUAUCCCCUCGGUUAACACGAGGGUUACUUCGUACUUGAGUUGGAUCGUUUCCAGGACUGUAAGGUAUUCUGUCAACAGCAGUAUGGGGAGUUUCUCAAGCAACGCAAUGAUUUCGGCGGCCCUAUGGAAUUUCCUGGUGCCCAUGUACGCAGCAAUCGAUCCUAAUUGCGAUGUGUAUCAGGAAAUGAUAGUCGGGAAGGAGUACUACAUCCACAACCAAGAAUACCCUCAAAACUACAGUGGAGGUUCGUCGUGUAGAUGGGUGGCAAAAAGUGUGAUCGGUACCAAAAUUAGCUUGUCCUGUACCGAUGUCUCACUGCCGAAAUCUUCAAAUUGUCAAGGUGACAAGCUGACCGUAUCGUCAACCGGUAAUCAGACUCUUGGCGACGCUCAUAAUUACUGUGGAAACGGAUCGUUUUCCGCUAUUUCCCGGGCAAACACCCUCACACUCGAACUGUUUUCGAUGCUUAACUCUCCCGGUGGACAGUUCCAUUGUACCAUGACCGCUAUCGAGGACAAACCGGAAAAACUGGAGACACAAAACUCACAGGACUGCAACUGUGGCUGGAAGCAAACGGCUACGAUCAUGGGUGGACAAGAAACGGGGCCCAAUGUGUACCCUUCGAUGGCUGCACUGCUACAUGUGGGCACUCGUGACUUAUUCUGCGGGGCUAGCAUAAUCUCUGACUUUUUCCUGUUGACGGCCGGCCAUUGCGUGAACAAUAGAGACCCCAGUGAAUUUUCGGUGUUCGUGGGCGAAGACAACGUCCCAUCAGGAAACAACUCUUAUUCGGCAGUUUAUAUGGUCAGCGGUUACGAAAUCUUCCCCAAUUUCCAAUCAGUUCCGCUGACCCAUGACAUCGCGAUCGUUCAAACUCAACAGCAAAUUGAGUUUAGUUUGUUUGUUGGCCCCGCAUGCUUACCAUUUAGCUACUCGAACUACGAUUUCGUUGGUGAAAUUGUUACGAUAUUAGGAUGGGGUAGUGUGGACGGUACUAUGCCUAUUCCGGACGUGCUAAGGGAGGCAAGUAUCACUGUAAUUUCGAACCUGCAGUGCGCGCAACAACAAAGAGAUCAGAUCAUCAGCGAAAACAUUUGUACACUUACUCAAGGAUUGCGCGCGUGCAUCGGCGAUUCCGGGGGCCCGCUGCUGUGGACGGAUCCUAACACCCAAAGGUUGCACCUCGUCGGGGUCAUAUCCCGUGGGCUCGCUUGCCCCGUGAAUAGUCCCGGAAUAAACACCAGGGUAACUUCGUACUUAAAUUGGAUCGUUGAUAGGACAGGUGCCACUUUUUGUACGUAGUGGACACGGCCGCUACAGGGGACUGCAUCGUUUAUAUUUUGGGAGU